CGAAAUUAUAUAUGUUGGUCAGUUUAAUUAUAGUUCAUUUUUGAAAAUAGAAUCAUAUAAAGUGCGAAUAAGAUUUUACAUUGAAAAUACGAAAGGAUCCUUGGAGCAUAAGAAAAUUAAAUGAAGUGAAAACCAAGUGAAGACACAAUGAAUACACCGAUUGUUCGCCGAAUCCAAACAUCAUCCAAAUCGGCUGCUUUGCAAUUAAAACAAAAUCAAUGGCGACUAUUGAAAUAGAGUUUAACAAACAUCAUGCAAAUGUAAGAGAACAACAUUCUCAAAGAUGAAUUUUCAACGCUACAUCCCAUGCUUAGUACGAUUGGUUUGAAUGGUAUAGCACACAAGUUUGACAGCUAUGCCAACGUUGAAGAAUUUUUGGCGGAUAUCAAAGCGUUGGUUCGAAGCUACUACAUUCAAUUUGGGACUGAAGGAGGUGUUAAACAUAUCAUCAAUCGUUUGUCCAAAUUGUGCCAUCUCGGUGUAAAGAGCAUUCGGACAUGCCCUGAAUGUUUUGAAAACUGGGCCUCCGAUCACGACAAUUAUUUCGUUAAAGUAUGCACAAAACUACAUCUAACCGUUGCUAUGGCGAAAGCAACUCAUUUUCCGUACUGGCCGGCGGAGCUUAUGUCAAUCACUGGUGCCAUGGCAAAUGUCGUGUUUUUCGGUGAUCACACUCAAGACGAUGUACCAGUGACACAAUGCAUUUUAUAUGCACAACGAAAUCCUAUUCAAAGCGCACAAACCGAUGAAUUCAACAAUGCUCUAAUGGAGCUCAAUGUUCAUAUUCGAAAUGUUUUCGAAAAAUUCGGCUCAUUCAAUCCAACUGAAAGUAAGGUGCUAAAUGCCCAGAUGCUCGAACAAAGCUUGAUGUCCAUACAAGCAACGUUUUAUAGUGCGUACAAUGGGUUUUCAACAUGAGUCAAAUCAAUUUGCUGGCCCAUGUUCUUCAAGGCCAUCGUCAUCAAAUGAUGCACCAAAGGCGAUUCAAUUGAAGGCACCGCCAAAAUCUGUGUACGCUGACUCUGGUGGAAUUAGAACCGACUCUGGUCUUUCCUCAAAGUUGAAAUGUAUUUUUGUAA